UCACAAUCUUUUGCUUUCAGAUAUCUACCAGUUUGUGAGAUUAUAAGGAUGCUGAAUUUCCGUGGCGACAGCAUGUCGACCCUUUAAUUUCCUUCGUCCUUCAUGGACAGAUAUCAUGUUCGUCUGACCGGCGACGCUUAUACUACUCGGAAAGCUAAAGGAAACAAAAUAUCAUGGCAUUUUUCGACGUGGGACCGGGCGACCUCAAGGAAUUAUGGGAGUCUUAUCUCUCCGACCCGAUACUCAGCCAGGAUGUCUUAAUGAGUACCAAAGAAGAGGAAUGGGGUAAUAGCCUUAGGGAUAGCGUGGUCCUGAGAGAUCGGUUAAUGACAGAUGCGGCUCUCGGUGGACCACGACCGAUAAAAUCCGAACAUAGUUAUAGCCUUCUGGCUCACAGUCCUCCUCCGAGCCCAGCCACGCCAGGAGUUAAUCCUCACACGCCCAAUUCGGGUUCCGGCGCGGUUGGCUCGAGCACAUCGAAUACUAGUUCCUCCAUCGAUUUUGCCAAUCUGGAUCAGAAGUCUCUCGAUAUUCGCAGAAUCGAUGAUAUGGAAGACGAAUGCUUUCCGGCUAUUUCGAUAAGCAACGCCUCAAGCCGCGUCGAAUCGUCGUCAUCGUCGUCGUCAUCAUCUACCUCGACCGUAAUCCUCAAGAGAAACAACGUAGUACCUGAAGAUAAUGAGUGUCCGGAAAUCAAGGGUGAACCUAUUAGCGCGCCGGCCAGUCCCUGCGCACCUUGUCAACCGAGUUGCGACAUGGUCGAUGAUAAGAGCACGAUAACAAUAGUGUCACCGCAGAGUCUUCACUUUGCCAAAACUCAGCUUUCGCAUAUGAGUGACAGCGAGGAGGAUGACGAAGAGUAUUAUCAGAGCAUGGAGAUCGAAGAGUACGGCGUAAUCUGCGAAGGGAAGGAGACGACCUUACGUGCAUCGAGACAGGGGUUGCCACCGACGCCACCCAGCAGCGCAAGCUCCGAUAGCGAGGGUACCGCUUCCGCUUCCUGCUCGCCGGAACGCCGAGAUUCCCAGACAUCUACGCAAAAUCUCAGGGGCUUACUGGCGCCGAGGCUUUACGUCACCAAUGGCACUCACACCACCAGACAGCCCAUUCAUACGCCUCUGAUUUCCUGUCAGCCGAAAGGAUCGACGGGCGUGUUGACAUUGACGGAAGAAGAAAAGAGAACCUUGAUAGCCGAGGGUUAUCCAGUGCCUACAAAGCUUCCUCUGACGAAACAAGAGGAGAAAUCUUUGAAGAAAGUGCGAAGAAAAAUCAAGAACAAGAUAUCGGCGCAGGAAUCGCGUAGGAAAAAGAAAGAAUAUAUGGACGGCUUGGAGAGGCGAGUCACGAUGUUGACAAAUGAGAAUUCCUCCUACAGGGAUAGGCUGAAUUCCUUGGAGGACGCGAACCGUGAAUUACUCAAAGAGUUGCAACGUCUUCAGGCUCUGCUGCAGCUACAACAAUCUUAGAUUUAUUUGUCUUUUAAUGGCUCAAGUCCACAUUUGAUAUCAUCGAAUUUUGUCUCUGAUGAUAUCGAGUAUUUCAGAAAUUGAUUUUAAUUCCUACGAAUAUCGUAACGAUAACGUUCACGACUGUGCUUCUCGAUAUUAUUCCGGGGGAUUGAAAAUUAUAAAGCCUCGAAACAGAUUUUAGAUUUUCAAAUCUUUCACCGGCGCUAACACGGAUUUAAGUAUCCGUUUUUUGUCUAUUUGCUCUUCCAUAUACAGAGACUAUUAUUACAAUUGUUCUUUAUUCAAUAAAGAGGAUUCGAGAGACGUCGUUGAUAAGAGCGAUUUAUUGCUAUUGCUAAGUCACAGAUUUAAACAGAGUAUAUUUUUAGGGAUUAGUGCAAUUUCUUUACAUUCCUAGAAUGUCUUCCUCAUACACACGAUGAAGUUUUUUGCAGCGCAAGCGCGACUGAAAAUUUACAUGGAGUGCAAAUGGCUUCAGUGUUUCCUGGCAACAAUUAAGGCUUUUAACACCAAUAUAUAUGUAUAUUCUUAUAUAACAGUUAUAUAUAUAUAUAUACAUUAUUAUAUCUUUUGCUAGAUUAUAUUUUCGCCAGGAGUGCCUUUACGGAUAUUAUUUUUAUCUUUUUUUCACAAUCCGCAUUACACAUCAGAGGUCAUUUAGACGGCUAAUUUAUUUCUCACUAUUGUACAUUUAAUAUGAGUUCUUUCUAAUUUUAAUAAGGCGUAAAAAAUAUGAGGAUUUGGUAUUCGGAUGUUUUAGCCGUAAAAUGCGAGUUACGAAAGUCAGUUAUCGAUCAUUGCCUAACUUGAUGCAAUGAGAAGUUUCGAAAGAAAGAACUCCCAAAUGUAAAUGACCUUCUGAUUAUUCGCUAUAUUGUAUUUCGAAUAUGGUGACGAUAUUUUAAAUCGUUUGAAACUCGAAGGAAUAUUCCUGGGAUCCAAAAUAAAGAGAGAAUAUAUAUCGAUAUUUAGUCCCCUUUGACACAGAGUUCGUUAAAGGGUUUUGCGUGUGCGUAUACACUAUAUGAAAUAUAAUAUAUGACACAUUUUAUAGUUAAAAAGAGGAAAGUAUGAUUAUAUAUUAAUAUUGUGACGUGAAAGUAAAUUCGACACUAUCGACAAAAUGAAUGAUUGCAUUUACGUUUCAUUUAGAAAAGAUAUCUAGUUGUACAAUAAGAUUAUAUAUCAUGUAGAUCGCGACUUGAUGAAAUCAAUUUUGCAUCAAGUCGACGAUGUUGCUAUUUUCUUAUAGGACACUAUCGUUAACGCCGACAGACGUUGGAUUGAUCGGCUUCUAAUUGUAAGAUGAUCGAUCGUGCGCAACGACAAUUUAUUCCGCGCCAGUUUGAAGCGUGUAAUAAGAAUAUUUAAUAAGAUAGAAGUUCACGGAUGUAGGAUAUAUGUUUUUCACGUCCACACGAUAAAUCGUCUAAAAUCCAUGUUACAUUUGCAAGUCAAUACAAGUAGAUUAUGCGGCGGCUGGCUUUUUACCGUCGUUUAUAUACACGAAGACGAUUGAGAGGGAAUUGUAGGAUCCUGAUUUCGUGACCGUUCUCAAACGUGAAGCUGUAUUAUGUAUUUGUGAUUUAAAGCCGAAGCUAAUCGAACGUCGUCGUGCGUGGAGAACCCGUCCGCUUUAUAUCAUCAUCGGUAUUCUUAGUUGCUUUCUUCGUAAUUUUGUUUCACAAUUAUAGCAUAAGAUCGCGCGAGAUCGUGCUCUGUAUAAAGGCAAAUCUCGCGAUUACUUACCGUAUGAAAGUCGUGGAAAGGGACCAAUGCGCACAAGACAAGAAGAACUCUAUUUUUUCCCUCUUCCCCUUUUUCACGUAAUUGCCAAAUAAUUAUUAGGAUUUAGUGUCGUAUCGCGUGACCAAGAGAUGAUGAGAGAGAGAGAGAGAGAGAGAGAGAGAGAGAUUCGUAUUAAAAGAUCACACAUACCUCGCAUGAGUGUUUGCAGAAUGAAUAGCGAUUAUCGUUGUACUAUUAUUAUUAUAUCACUUAACAUUUCGAUAACACAUGAUUCUCCGUAUAAUAAUUAAGCGCAAAAUGCGUACGUACAUAGGAUGGCUACAAAAUCAUUUAUUUAUAUUCUAGAGAUUUAUAUAUGUUACUUUUAAUAAUUAAAAGUAAAUUAUUCCAUUCAUAUAUUUCCAAUUUAACAUUUUUGGCGAAUUAGAAUUGACCCGAAUUAGAAUUCAUCAAAAUUAUUGAAAUGCAUCUUUAUUGCUAAUUUCUGUUUUUUGCAAACCAUACUGUACAUGCGUAUGCAUAUAGUAAAUUAUAAUUUUUAUGCGAGAAGAUUGAAUAUAACUUUAAAUCGAUGCCGGCUCUUUAGAAAAAUGCAUAGAAAGAUCUACUAAGCAUAUAUUGCCGAAGGAAAGUCAAUGAAAAAGUCAAUAAAUGAAACAAGUGAUAGUAAUCGAUUAAACGUUAACGUACAUGUGAAUGGAAAAACACUUUUCAUUUAUCUUGUGGACUUUAUCAAAGCAUCUUAAGCACCGAUGAGAGGGAUCAGAGACUUUUCGUCUGCGUACAUAUACAUAUUCGGUUUUAAUUCGUCAUACGCGCGUACGAUAAAGAGAUCAUAUAUCUGUACAAAGCAGCAGAAUAAUAAUUUUUAUCGAAAAUACAGAGAGUUAAUAUAUUCUACGAAUGGAACUUUAUAGAUGAUUAUAUGUAUAUACAUUAAUAUAAUAUACAUUGUGUAUAUAUAUAUAUGCAAUGAAUAUAUAUAUAGAUGAUAUAUUUUACGACAAAUUACAUAAACGUUCAAAAUGAUGAAGGAAAUCGCACCGUUGUCUGUUACGAUACAUUUAUCACUAUCACGAUUCAUCAUUAUCACGAUUUAUCAUUUAUAUCUUAUAUGCGAUACAAAUGCCACGCGUCUAUAUAUCAUGUAAUUAGACGUCUAUAUUUAUCCAGAGAGUCCUUACAUAUAUUAACAAAAACACAUAAAUAUAGAUAUAUAUAUAUUAUAUUAUUCGACUAUGUCGAAUUUAUAUGUGCAUAUAAUUUGUCUAUGCGAUAAAGCGCGGUAGCCUCGUGAUUGAUGUAACACGUGGUGCUGCAGUUUCGAAUGGAUGUUGUCCGACAAUAAGAAAUAAAUACUUGUGAGCUAA